ACUUUACCGCUUAAAAUUUUCGUUUUUAAAUCUGGUUCUUUUUGUUGAGUGUCCCCAUUCUGAUCAGUAGUUGUAAUGUUUUGUUUGGAUAAUCUUGUCUGUGAUGACACUUCUUUUGUAAUUCCAGAUGCGGAUUUUUUUAAAUCAAGGGAAGUUUCUUUUAAGCUUUGCUUCGAUCUGCUUUCUUUGAUUUCUAGUUUUGACCCCAUAUUUGAACCAGGUUGGAAAGGUGUUGCAACCUGGAAAUGGGUUGCAAAUGAUGAAAACUGUGGAAUAUGCCGUAUGCCCUUUGAUGGUUGCUGUCCAGAUUGUAAGAAACCUGGUGAUGAUUGUCCUCUAGUUUGGGGAGAAUGCUCUCAUUGCUUUCAUAUGCAUUGCAUUGUAAAGUGGCUGCAGUCUCAACCGGUUAAUCAGCAGUGUCCUAUGUGCAGACAAGAGUGGAAAUUCAAUAACAGAUAAUUUCAAGAGAUCAAAUAAGAUGAUCACUAUGCGUUCCAGUUCGGUGACCAAAAUGACCAAACCUCCACCACCUGUUCCGCCCAGACCGUCGAAAACUAUCGUUGCGGAAGCGUUGGCCAAACGAAGGAGAACGCCGGAAGACACCAAUACCAUUCCGGUAAGAACAGCACCACCGCCACCAACAGACCUGUCCAGAUCCCAGUCGACUGUGAAUUUCGCAUUAAAAAGGCCGACAGCUUACGAAAGGUCAAUUUCCGAUGAGCUGAAAUCGAACUCGAGGACGCUGAUUUUCCAAUCGUCCAACAUGAAGAGUGCGAACAAUAACGUUUUAGUGAAAAGGGACUGUAACGAUAAGAAAGUGACGAUCAACAAUUCGUACGUGAAUUGCAGUGAUAAAAUCUCCAAUAACAAAGUUCUGAGUGGAGUGAUGGAGACGAAGAACGACGUUAUUGUAACCUCGAUGAACAAAUUGAACUCUCGCGAUGUUUCCAAUGAUAACACAAUCAAAAUAACUCAACUUAAAGCGCAGGAGAAAAUAGCGAGACAACCACCCGAUCUUGCACAACCUCAAUCGAAUGAAGUAACUGUUAAUUCCCAAAUCAUAACAUGCACCGUUCCAAAUCAAAACGCCGCUGUUCCCAAACCGUCGAUCAGUGUGGAGAAACUCUCGGUGUCACCAACUGGAACCCUGGGGAACCCCGCGAACGACGAUACUCAAAAACCCGACGAAAAAUGGGAUGAUGUGCUGAAAGACAAGAACCACGUCAACAAGCUGAUCGACGAAAUGUUUGCCGGUGUUCUGGAGGCAUCAAACGGGGAAGAAACAACCAAAAACAAUUGUCAAAUGACAAAUUCGAAGCCCAAUAAGGUAUCUGCCGAUAGUACGACAAUUACGAUAAACGCUGGUAACAACAAAUAUGAGUCAACUUGCAACGUGGAAACGAAUGGUUCGACUGUGCUCAUUAUAGAAAGUGGAGAUAACGCAAAAAUCGAAACGCAUGGAAAUUCUCUGACCAAGAUACGGGGUUCUGUGGAGAAGAUCGACCAGACGGCGAAAAGCAACUCGUCGACGAUGGAGAAGAAAAGUGUCAAGUUCGACGACAAGCAAAAUGCUGAGUUUUUGAUCCAGGAGUUGGAGUCGAUGCGUAUGGAGCAGGAGAAAAUAAUGAAGAGGCAGAGGAAGCCUUCGUUGGAUAUUUACGAUAGUGUCAAAAGUGAGGAAUGUGAUAACGAGGAUAACAUGAGGAAUUACCAUAUUAAUAUUGUUAACUUGGGGAAAGGAGCGACAUUGGAUUAUGACAGGUUGAGAACGAUGUCUUCCCUACACGGUUUGCCUCCCCUUCCGAAAAGCCUGAGCGGGUUCAAUCUUGACGAAAAUUACUCCAACCCUUCCACCCCUGCUCGAACUUCUUCCACGCGUAGUCACCAAGGAGUGCCAGUACCUUUCGUAAGUGGCCACUUGGGGUACCAUCAUCACAAAGGUGUCAAUGGAGCUUCAGAGUCAUCGUCCACUGGACAAGUGAGGAAAUCGACGAACUUGGACGCGCAACUUGCUAUUUUGAAGCGAGAAAUGUAUAGCCUUCGCCAGCUGGAUCUCUCCCUCCUAUCGCAGCUAUGGUCGCUGAACGAGUCCAUCCAAGAUUUUCGACAAAUCCUGCAGGACCAAGAGGACUGCCGCGUGCUGUCACCACCCUCCCUCUCACCGUCCCCCUCGUCAGAUGACGAAGGCGACUGCGAUGAGCAGUUUUACAUGAAUGCCCCAUCGGCAACUCCUUCAGUCAAAUUCAGACCCGCACCACCCCCACCUCCCAUCAGGAAGUCCAGUAAUUCUUCCAAUGCAUCGACUUGUGGUUAAUUAGACGUGAGUUGUCGAAAUAUGAUUAGAUAACUAGGCCACCGACAUCCUGUAUAUACCGAUUGUCCGAACACAUUGAGGUUGAUUAAUAUUCCUUGUGCAACAUAAGGAUGUUAUUGUGUAGUGAAUUAGGAUUGUAAGUCGUGUGAGUGAUUUGAAAAACCGAACAACUGUUUCACAUUGUGAUUCUGAUUGUACGUGAUGUGUUUUUCGUUUCUUUAUCGAAUCCGAUAAUUUCAUUGUGAUAUGAAUCUUGAAAUCCCCGCGUGGGUAUUUCAGAAUUGUAAAAUUUAAGGUUGUAAUUAUUGAUUGUGGACUGAAAAUAGAAAGAAGUAUAUGUGACCGA